ACCUCUGCACGGAGUGGAACAAAAUCUGAAAACCAAUAGAGUACAGUCCGCGGAAAACGUUCAUUUAAUAGAAGAGCAAGAAAAAUAUAUAUAUAUAAUCUAAUUUUUCUCAUAUAUACCCUAUAUAUGUAUAUAUUCUGGCUGUGUAUAUAUGAACAUAAUAUAUAUGCAUCAGUGUGUACCAAAAAUUGUUAUACAUAAAAUAAAUUGCGAAAGAAAGAAAUACCAUUAUCAACUAAAAAUAGUGCCUUAAUGCUCAAAGGAAUAUAAAUUUUAAUAACAAAAAAAAAAACCAAACGACGUGAGCGAAUCUUAUUAAUUAAUAGAACCAAUAAAAAGGAGGAGAGAGCAAAAUCGACACACGCCCGCAUGUUCGAGUUAAAGGUUUAGAAUCGUAACGAAGAAGAGCCGAACCGAGGAUUGAGAACCUGAGUACCUGAAGGAAAUCGAAAGAUGACUUUCACCCGAUUAAAGACUCUGACAUUGCUCGUGUGUGCUCUGCUGGCACUGAGUUUUCCCGGAUAUGUGAAUUGCGCUAACAACAAGAAAGGAUCGCAGCCAGCGGCGGUGCCGCUUGAGCCAGAGGCCGUCAUCGAGGAGGUCAAUGCCAAGCAGUUGGAGAAGCUCUUGGCCGACAAGGAUUACGUUGCCGUUUUCUGGUAUGCGCGCAGCUGUGUGACCUGUGAUAAGGUUUUAGCGGAACUCGAAAAAAUCGACGAUGACACCGACUCCUUCGGUGUGGACUUUGUGAAAAUCAACGACAAACGACUAGCUAAACAAUAUGGCAUCAAGAACUUCCCCGCCCUCACCUACUUCAGGGAGAAGGAGCCCAUCAUCUAUGAUGGCGAUCUCAUGGACGAGGAGGGUGUGCUCGAUUUCCUAACCUCGCUGGAGGCCAUGGAUCUGCCCGAUCGCAUCGAGGAGGUCAAUUCCAAGAUAUUGCAGAAGAUCAUCGAGGACACUGACUUUGUGGCCGUCCUAUUCUGUCCAGACCAUGAAACAUGCCCGCCCCGGGUUAUGGAUAAGCAGCAAUGCCGCAAGUGCGCCAAGGCGUUGCAGGAGCUGGAGAAUAUCGACGACGAAGCUGACCAACUGGGCAUUGGAUUCGUGAAAAUACACGACGAGGCUCUGGCCGAUGAAUACAACUUGGGCGGUCUGCCGGCACUCGUCUACUAUCGCCACCAGACUCCGAUCAUUUACGAAGGUGAACUCCAGCGUGAGGAGGAUGUCUUGGAGUGGUUGGUGCAGAAUAAGUCAACGGGCGACGAGGAUGAUGUGAUAGAAGACGUCACAUCCAAGACGCUCGCGACACUGAUCAGCAACAUUGAUAACUUGGUGGUGCUCUUCUAUGAUCAUGGCAAUGAUGACUCGAUGACCGUGUUGGAAGAGCUAGAACAAAUUGACGACGACUGCGACAAGCAUGGCAUACAGUUUGUGAAAAUUGACGAUGCCAAGGCGGCAGCCGAUUACGGAAUCGAUUCGAUACCGGCAAUUGUUUACUUUGAAAAAGAAAUUCCAAACGUUUACGACGGCGAUCUCAUGGAUGAGGAACAAAUACUGAAGUGGCUGUUGAGCCAAUUGGAACGCGAUGAGAUCGAGGAUGUCACCGAUGAAAUGCUCGACACAAUGAUCAAAGAAGGACGCGUCAUUGCGGUGCUGUUUUACGACAACAACGACAAGAAGUCCCAGAAAGUGCUCGAAGAGCUCGAGAACAUUGAUGACGAGUGCGAUGCCCUGGGCAUUACCUUCGUGAAGAUCGACAAUCCCGAGGAGGCCGUUGAAUAUGGCAUCAAUAAAGUUCCUAAGCUGAUAUACUUUGAAAAAGGCAUUCCAACUAUUUACGAAGGCAACCUGGAGGACGAGGAGAAGCUCCUCAAGUGGCUAACAGACCAAACAAGUUCCGAUCAAAUCGAGGACAUUACCGACGAAAUGUUGGACUUGAUCAUUGAGAAAAUGCCCCAUGUUGCUGUGCUCUUCUACGACAAAGACCAAAAGAAAUCACAGAAAAUCCUCGCAGAAUUGGAAAACAUCGACGAUGAGUGCGAUCAGAAUGAUAUUGCCUUUGUCAAAAUCGAUGAUGACAAGGAGGCCAAAGAAUGGGGUAUCGAUGAGAUACCCUCGAUUGUACUCUUUGAACGUGGAAUUCCACACAUCUACGAGGGUGAUCUGAUGAAAGAGGAUGAGCUGCUUGGCUGGUUGGUGCACCAGAAGCGCUAUUCCGAGAUUCCCGAAGUCACCGAUGAGAUGAAGGACAAAUUGGUCGAGAAUACCGAGCAUCUGGCGGUUAUCUUCUAUGACAAGGACGAUAAGCAGGACAUGCGCAUCCUUAACGAGCUGGAGAACAUUGACGAUGAGCUGGAGAAGGAGGGAAUUGUCAUUGUGCGAAUCGAUAAUGCCGCCGAAGCCAAGGAAUACGGUCUCGACCAUUUGCCCGCCCUCAUCUACUUCGAGAACAAAAUCCCCGCCCUCUAUGAAGGCGAUCUGAUGAAUGAGGAUGAGGUGCUGGAGUGGCUGCUGGUGCAGAAGAAGACCGCCACCAUUGAGGAGGUCACCGAUGAGAUUCUCGUCAACCUGAUCAACGAGCACGAAUAUGUCGUUGUCUUCUUUACGGGUCCCUGCGAGCCGGGCGAGACCUGUGACCACACCCUGAACGCCCUGGAAACCAUCGACGAUGAGUUGGAUGAGGCUGGAAUCAUUUUCGUUACCACUGAGGAUACCGGAGUCGCCAAGAAAUACAAUGUCAAGAACUAUCCACGUUUGGUGUUCUUCAGAAACCGUGACCCACUGCACUUCACCGGGGAUCUGGAUGAUGAGGACGAAGUAUUGGCCUGGAUCACCGACGAUGAGACCCUCGAGAUUCCUGGCAAGAUCGAGGAGGUCAAUGUGAAAAUGUUGGAUAAGAUUUUGGCUGAAAACGAUCACGUCGUCGUGUUCUUUUAUGUCGAAGGCGAUAAGAAGGCUCAGAAAAUCCUUAACGAAUUGGAGAACAUCGAUGACGAGUGCGAGGAAAAAGACAUUGACUUUGUAAAGACAUCCGACGAUGAUAUUGAUAAGGAAUACGAUUUGCCCGGUCUGCCGGCACUUGCAUUUUAUAGACAUAAGUUUAGAACAAUUUACACCGGUGACCUGAUGAAGGAAGAGGAAAUUCUGGAAUGGGUUAUUGAUUUGCAUGAGUCUACUGCGGAUGUCAUUGAGUCGGUCGAUCGUAAGACCCUACAGGUCCUGAUCAACGAUGUUGAGCACUUGGCUGUGUUCUUCUAUGAUGAUGAAUGCGAAUCGUGUUCGGAUAUCUUGGAUGAGCUGGAGAACAUCGACGAUGAUACGGAUAAGCAUGGCAUUCAGUUUGUCAAAUCGAACGAUGUUAAGCUGGCCCAUGAGAUUGGCAUUUUCGCAUUCCCAGCUUUGGUGUACUACGAGACGGGGGUCCCGAUCAUGUAUGAUGGCAACCUCGAAAGCAACCAAGAGGUCUUCAACUGGAUUCUCGAGCAGAAGGCCGACCAAAGCAUUGAGCUUAUUAAUCGUGAUCAACUCCUUGAAUAUAUAGGCACCAAAGACUUUUUAGCGGUUGUAUUUUACAAAGAAGACGAUCCCGACUCGCCUCGCGUGCUGCGACACAUCGAACUAAUCGACGACGAGGCCACCGAGUAUGGCAUUUAUAUAGUGAAAAUGCACGACAAACUGAUGGCCAAGAAGUACGGAUUCAGGAAUCCCCCUGGUCUGACCUACUUCCGCAAGGGCAAGUACAUUAACUACGACGGCGACAUCGAUGACGAAGAGGAGGUACUCGACUGGCUGACCAGUCCGGCCAACAUGGAGAUGACCGAUCACAUCGAGCAGGUCAACCGCAAGAUGUUUGAGAAGAUUCGCAAGAACUCGGACUACGUGGCCGUCAUAUUCUAUAGCGACGAGUGCAAGCAGUGUCCUCGCGUGCUCGCCGAGGUGGAGCACAUUGAUGAUGAAGCGGACAAGGCGGGCAUUGACUUUGUGAAGAUCGACGACAAGCAAAUGGCCAAGGAGUUUGGAGUCUUCGCCCUGCCGGCCAUUGUAUUCUUCAAGCCCACAUCGAAGGAGCCAGUUAUAUACGCCGGGGAUCUUUAUGAAGAAGAACAGAUCCUCACUUGGUUGAUCACGCAAAAGGAUCCAAGUGGAGAUGUGAUUGAAGAUCUCGAAGGCGAUCGACUCGUUCACUUGAUCGAAGAGUCUGGCUCCAUAGCUGUCUACUUCUGGAACAAAACAAAGUGCGACAUUUGCACCUCGAAAGCGGCUCGCAAGGCCCGACUGAAAAAGGAACGCGAACAGCAUCAGCAGGAGGGUGGAGCUGCCAGUGCGGCUGCCGCCUUUGGCAGCGAAACAGAUCCUGGCGAGGCGGCUGCUGGUGGGGCAGAUGGGUCAGCAGCGGCGGCUGCAUCAACGGAUUCAUCAGCUGGCAAGCAUGAAGAUGAUGCCGAUGGCUGUGAGCAGUGCACCAAGGUCCUGGAGGAGCUGGAGAAUAUCGACGAUGACUGCGACAAGCAUGGCAUAACGUUCGUGAAGACCAGAGACUUCUCUGUGGCCGAUGGCUACGGCGUCCACGAGUAUCCGGCAUUGGUCUACUUCGAGGGAGGAAUACCCAAUGUCUUUGAGGGUGAGCUCAGCGAGGAGGAGGAGGUGCUGCAGUGGCUGAUCACACAGAAGACCGAGGAUCGCAUCGAGCUGAUCACACGGCAGAUGCUCGAGACUAUGGUGGAGGAGACCCAAUAUCUGGCCGUGUACUUCUUACCGCCAGAGCGCAAGGGGAAGCAACCUGCCUUCUGUCGCAGUUUCUGUUCACCCUCUAGUCUUAAAGAAAGCAACCUGACCACCAACACCACCACAAAACACUCAUCCAGCCAAUUCGUACAAAGCUACAUAUCACGUAAAAGAAAACGUAUCCAAAAACAAGACAAAAUCAAUUGCAACAUCUGCGACCAGAUAUUGGAGGGGUUGGAGCUAAUCGAUGACGAAUGCGAUGUCUUUGGCAUACACAUGGUCAAAAUCCAGGAUCCGCAGUUGGCCAAACGCUAUUCCAUCAAAACCUUCCCUGCCUUGGUUUAUUUCCGCAAUGGCAAUCCUCUGCUGUUCGAGGGUGACCUCCAGAAUGAGCAAUCGGUCUUGGAGUGGCUGAUCGAUGACGACAAUCGUGAGUUGGCCGACGAAAUCGAGGAGGUCAACGAGCGCAUGUUGGACCGUCUGAUGGCCGAGUCCACCCUCUUGGUGGUUUUCUUUUAUGAUGAUGACUGCGCUGAGUGCGAGGAAAUUUUGGAGGAACUGGAGGAGAUCGAUGGAGAGGCCGAUAUGUUUGGCAUUGAUUUUGUGAAGAUAGCCAGCAUGGAGGCAGCCAAGAAAUACGAAAUUGUCAAUAUACCUUCUCUGGUGUAUUACCGAAAACAAGUACCCGUCCUGUAUGACGGGGAUAUGCAUCAACAUGACAAGGUCCUCACAUGGCUUACCUCUCAAGAUGUAUUCGAAAUCAAGAACGAAAUAGAGGAGGUCAACCGCAAAAUGCUGGACAAGCUGCUCGAAGAGAAUGAAUUCCUAUCGGUGUUCUUUUAUGAGCACAAUCAUCCGGACAGCAUCGCCUCGCUGGAGAAGCUUGAGAACAUCGACAGCGAGACGGAUAAUCUGGAUAUUACGUUUGUGAAAAUGGCCGACUCGCGCUAUGCCAAGAAAUGGGGCGUCACAAAACUGCCAGCUAUGGUCUACUUCCGUCGCCGCUUCCCCAGCAUCUAUAGAGGUGAUCUACUAUCCGAGGAUGAGGUGCUGGAGUGGCUGCGCAAGAAUCGAUUCCGCCAGCCCGAGCUGAACAUUUUUAUGUAUGCGCUGAUUGCCCUGGCGCUGGCCUUUGUCAUGUACACGGCCUUCCUUCUGCAGUGCUUUAAGCCAGCACCACCGCCACCCGUUCAGCAUCCUAAGCAGUCGUGAGCGGAUUGGCUGAGAGCACUGGGGGAAAUCGGGAGCAAGUACUGAAAUAUGUUCUACGAUCUACUAUCAAGGAGGGGCUUCGUGACGAGAGCGAAUCAAACCUGAAAUGAACAUCGAAUAUCAACACCACCACCACCACUAUUGCAAUCACACACAAACACACACACACACACAUGUAUAUGUAUAUCGAUCUAUCAUCCGAUGGUCUAAAUUAGACGCCGAUACAAACGACUGCUGUGCCUGGGCCAGGACUGGACUGGACCCCAAAUAAAGACGAUGCGUUGGAUAUUUUCCAAUAUCUUUUGAGACAGUUUGAGAACAACUUUGUUGAGCUCUGAUAUACAUCGAUAUAUCAAUAUAUCCACAAUCAUAUGCAUAUCAUCCGUAAAAUCAUUUGUCUUCGAAAUUCAUUUGUGCACUUAAAGGAGAAUCAAAUAAAAAAGAAAACACUCAAGUCAUAGUAAUUACUUUAAAUUAAAUUUAAAUGCCAUAAUAUUGUUUAAUAAAUGCCAAUGAUAAUUUUUACAGUAAAA